GAAAGAAAAACACUCGAGAGAUCGGCUUGCGCAUGCUACUCCACUAGUCCAUGCCGCAAUCUAUGUGCGCAUGCCACAUGGCGCAUAUUCAACCUUGCUUCUUCCUUCAUAUAACCCUAUAAAUACCCAAUACUUCUUCUCACUUUAACUUCACUUAACACAAUAAUAUAUACUCUUUUGAUUUCCUCAUUCUCUUAGUUAAACCUCUUUGAUUAAUAACAAUGGGUAGUUUGAAAUCCUUGGUUCUUGCUGCUCUUCUUGUUUCCUCCUUCUUUGUUGUGUCCCAAAGCCGAGUGGCUAGGAAAGAUUUGGGCCUUGACCUUGGUGGGGUGGGUAUUGGGGUUGGAACUGGAAUUGGCAUUGGACUUGGUGGGAGUGGUUCAGGGUCCGGAUCGGGCUCUGGCUCUGGCUCUGGAUCGAGUUCGAGUUCCAGUUCUAGUUCUAGCUCUUCUUCUUCUGGAUCAGGUUCUAAUUCUGGAUCUGAAGCAGGUUCAUAUGCAGGGUCUCGAGCGGGUUCUGGAUCGAGUGGUCGUGGAGGUGAAGGUGGAGGGUCGGGUUAUGGUGGAGGAUAUGGAUCAGGUUAUGGUGGGGGGCAUGGAAAAUGAGAUGUUAUUAUCUUUUCAAUUAACAAGUUGAUUAUAAUUAAAUAUAUAUAUAUAUAUAUAUAUAUAUAUAUAUAUAUAUAUAUAUAUAUAAUGGUAAUUAUGGCUGCUAUGUAAUGAAUUAGUAUCUAUGAUCAAUGAAAUUUUCUACGACGUAUUGUAUUUACAUUCCACAAAUUAAUAAAAGCAUAUUUGUAACA